AAAGUCGUCUUUCCGCUUCACCUCACACUCCGGUUCCCAGUUUUUUUUCCCUGUCCAGAAUCGGAUACACUCUCUCCCGGGCAUACUUGAGUGAUCACAAGGACUUCCAUCUCGUCGGAUCGCGAUUUCUCCCACGUGAUCUCCGACAAGAACUUUCUCGAAGAAGCAGGGAGAGAACGCACGGAAAUCGAAAAGGAGAAACCGGCGGCCAUGUUGUCGGCUACCUGGGUCACCUGCACGUGCCGUGCUCCCCCACCCCCCGCCUAGGACGAUCGGGGAGGGGAGGCGUGUGAUGCCGCCUUGGGCAGACACCAUGGGGAACGCUCAGCCCAGGGCCAGUCACCAUCACCAUCAUCACCAGCAACAGCAGCAGCAACAACAACAGACGCAUCAUCAUCACCAACGGCGGGGACGCCGAGAGUCCGCGGUGGACUUAGCAGCAGUCACCGAAGCCCACGGUCUAGUAUCGGACAUGCUUGCUGAUCCACAGUUGCCACCCCACAUAGUAACGGGGCUGCGUACCCUCUCCAAUCUCUUGUCUCCGACGCCCACCACCGCCUCCUCCUCUUCCUCUUGCUGUGCGCCACCCCGCCUUCAUCACCGGCGGUCGCCCCAACGGCGAAAAGGAAGUUUAAUCCUUCCGUACUUCCGGUCAGCGUCGGACAACGAGGAGCUCCCUUUCACUGGGGAGAGACCCUCGGCCUUGCCCAAGCGUCUCCGCAAGAACCUCCCUCCGAGCCUACUCCGGCGGAUGUCAACAGCCACGUGGACAACUACGACUUCUGCCACAGGUAUGCCCACCCUGGAACCGGAGCCCUUGAGAAAAAGGAGCACCAGCUUUCGAAACUUGCAGUCUCCACCCCCUACAGCAUCCCUCGAGGAACAACAACAAUAUCAAGAACAGAAAGAGCAGCAACAGUUCCAGGAACAAGAGCGCCAAUUUUCCCCCGGGCUUGAAGCUCUAAUUUCUACACUUCCGGAGCGCCAUCCAGUACCGGCCAAAGGGCAGAGAUCUUUCUCUACGACAGCUUUACCUUCGGACCAUCCUCAAAGGAGAGAUUCUCGGGAGAGGAAAACUGUAGCAUCUCUACAUCCAAUCACACCUCACGACAUGAAAUGUCUCAUGUCUUUGCACGAAGACGCCACCCGUGGAGAGAAUCGAUCCGAUGAGGAACCUCAAGCGGAGGAAGGACCCUCAGCUGGGGACCAACAAGAGCCAACAAUCAAAGAGGAAGAAGAAGAAGAAGAGGAAGAGGAAGAGGAAGAAGAAGAGGAGGAGGAGUUGCCGCCCUUGCCCUCUUUUCGUCGUUCUACAAUUAUGACGUCGGAUUACGAGAGCAGCAACGACUCGCCCCCUAGUGGUUCUGAGGAAGCUGGGGCGCGGGUACUAAGGGCGCACGUCGCCGUCCAAACGGCCGGAUGGGCUGGGAGGGGUCCAUGUGCACUCUGUGGAAGAACGACCCCUUUGACGCCUUCGCCUCUUGCCGUUGCUCCGCCCCUUACCCGAAAGGAAACAGUUGAGGAAGAUCAAGAAGAAGAGGAUGGUAAGAUAAUCAAGUUGCCAGAUGCUACUUACGAUUUGGAGAUGUUGGCGAACGAUCCACUUUUAGGUCUCAUCGAUAUUUGGGACUUUCCAGUCUUUGAUAUGGAACGACAAGCUGGCACACUUAUCCUUAGCCAAAUGUGCUACCGAGUGUUCUUGGCAACGGGCCUUUUCGAAUCUUUCCGCAUUCCACUGACUCCUUUCUUCGCUUAUUUCCAUGAACUGGAAAAGGGAUACAGAGACAAACCAUAUCACAAUCGUAUGCACGCAAGUGAUGUUCUUCAUGGUGUUUACUUCCUCAUCUCGCAGCCCAUUCCAGGAUUCUGCCAAGUGUCUUCUGACUCGACGGACUCGCCGUUGCACAGAACGCUAAGUGGUCGUGAGGCACAAGAGCGCUGGCCUUGUUCCAGACAAGGGACAGUGGACACGCAGGUGAGAUCGUUUAUAGAUGAUGAUGACGACGAUGAAGAUGAUGAUGAUGAUUUGGAGGAAGAAGAGAAGGAUGUAUAUGGAGUUAUGGGAGCCAAUUUUCCAGCCUUGGAAAUAAUGGCCCUUUAUGCCGCGGCAGCCAUGCACGAUUACGAUCACCCAGGGAGGACUAACGCUUUUCUAGUGGCCACUUUCUCACCACAGGCGGUUCUUUAUAAUGAUCGUUCAGUGCUAGAAAAUCAUCACGCUGCAGCUGCUUGGAGCUUGUUUCUAUCAGACAGUCGUUUCAACUGGUUGCAACAUCUAGAUGCAGCAGAAUUCAAGAGAUUCCGGUUUCUAGUCAUAGAGUGCAUACUGGCCACUGAUCUCAAACGCCAUUUUGACAUUCUGGCAGAAUUUAGCGCCAAAAUUACAGACGAAGAAUCUCCUGUGUUGGAUUGGAGCAUCGAAGCCGACCGUCUUUUGGUUAUGCAAAUGGCAAUUAAAUUAGCGGACAUCAAUGGUCCCUGCAAGUGCCGACAAUUGCAUGUACAGUGGACGCAUCGCAUUGCUGAAGAAUUCUACGAACAAGGAGAUGAAGAGCGGGCGUUGGGCUUACCAAUCUCACCUUUUAUGGACCGUGAUCGACCUCAGCUGGCCAAACUUCAAGAGUCUUUCAUCAAUCAUCUCGUAGCCCCACUCAGCAGAACAUACGCUGAAGCCGCCUUGCUGCCAGGAGUUUGGGUGAGAUUGGCAGAUGACCAAAGCACAGAAGAGUUAUCGGAGGAUGAUUUAGAUUUACCCCGGCGUGUGGAGGAAAUAAUCACGGCUGGAGGAAUGCUGAAAGGAGGAAUUCGAAGACGCCGAAAAGCCGUUCUGUGCCAGCAAACUAAAAACUUACAAGAUAAUUACGACUAUUGGUUAGCUGUGCUUAGGAGAGAAGAAGAACAACAAGAAAAGAUACUGGAUACUUAAAUGGUUUCCAGUCGAGGGACCAGAGACUCCUGUACAUAGACUAGAAAGAGAGACCCGUAAGUGCGGGCGUUUCAGGACUCUCGCUUUGAGAAUGCAUGCAUCUGCGCCCCAAUGUGAACUACUACAAUUUGCGCGUGCAGGAACUCUUGCGAGACAAUCCAGAGCUUAAAUUUGUCGGACCUUUUUCCAAGCAACUCUUCAAUUCUUUCUGUGAUAUCCCACCUCUACGGAGACCCGAACCCCUUGACCUCUCCCAGAGGGGUGGACACCGCCACUGGACAAGUUUCCCUCUUCGUCUACGGGUUCUGAUCGUCCGAAGGGAAGCUGUGUACAAAGGUGGCCCAUUCUGCUACAUCUUCGCCCCCAAUCUCCUUUGAUCGAAAAACCUUCUUUCCCCUCUAUUUUCGUCGUCUGUUUAUAUGGCAGAGAACAGAGGCGACGCUCACAUAUAGCUUUUAAAUAAUAACGCAACCAGAGAAUCAAAAUAUCGUCUCCUUAAUCAAAUAAUAUUCUUCAGUUAUAGUAAACAAGUCUUUUUAAUUUGCUGUUAGUGGCUUCGGCACUGAUCCCUAAGCCUGGAAUAUUCUCAGAAAAAAUGUUAUGAUUAUGCAUUUUUAUUUCCAGUCAGCGCCAUCGUGAAAUUAUAUUACCGGGCGUAGAAACUAUUUGCUGGAUGUUUUUGUUGAUAGUAUCCGAGUUUCGGAAGUCAGUGUUUUGAGAUUAAAAAAACAUGCUAAAUAAUUUAGAAAUACACAUAAUUCAAAUGUUUCGUUUGAAUCAUGAUGCAAUUGACAGUUGUUAACCGGCAAAUUAUGCUUUUUUCUUCAAAUACUCCAUAGUGAAAACAAUUAUCUAGCGCCAUAAAACUAAAUGUUUCUGAAAAUCUGUGCCUAUAAAAGUAUUCAAUGUUUUGCUCAGAGGUUAAAAUUUUCCAGAGUAUGAAAUGAAAGAGCUCUUCGCCGUUUAGCACACACACAAUAUUAGAAAAAAGAAGUCCGUUAUCAACUUUAUAUCAGAGUCCAAGUUUUUACCCUUUGCUGUAUUUCGUUAGCUAUAUAUUUGAUUCAUUUAUUCCAUUCUUUGAGUUUUAAAUGACAAAAACUGCUAUUUUACUAUUCUUAAAUGACAAGCAAAUGUCUAUAUUAGUAUAAACGUUCAGAAAAAUUAAUUUAUAAUGCAUUUACCAGCUUCACAGAGUGUCUAAUUUUUGUUAGCUUAAUUACCCAUCGCAUAAAAACCUUUUAUAUUUAACUAAAAACUCUCGAAUUUACAAUUUAUUGCCAUAACUUUAUUCACUGAAUUUAUACGAAAUUUAAAAAAAAAUUACUAAAUCAAGUUUUUAAAAAACUUUUUGUAAAGGAAUAAAAUUGACACAAAAAUAAAUAAAAAUAUGCUGAAACUUCACCUUAAUUAAUCGUGACAUUCGAUCAGGUUCCGUAGAAUAAUCCUGAAACCCAUUUUUUUUAUACAUCCUAAAUAUUAAAUUGUGUAAAUAAAGUAGAAUCAAUCAAUUUUAAAUUCAGAAAUUUAUUUUUGUAAGUAAGAAUUAUAUUAUAAGUAAAAAGAAUUUUCUGAAUUAAGAUCAUUAUCUUCGGAUUUCCAAAACUAACAUUUGCUUCAACUUAUUUAGAUUUUUGAUUACUGUAAGAUAUAUAAUAAUGUUUUGAUUAAUAUAAAAUAUAAAAUAAUUUAUCGCAAAUAACAUUUGUUGACAGUAUUCUUUGUACAUAAAAAAGUGAAAUUCAAUGCAGAAUAAAAACAUUUUUUAUAUUGAAAAAUAUAAGCAAAGCAAAAUAGACUACUGUCAACUUCCGACUAAACAGGGUGACAUACGAAACACCGUUAACUCUAAUCACGUCAACCAAAUAGCGGCGAAAGAAACGUAAGAAACAGAAGUAACCCAUAUGGGACAUUAAUAGAAAAAUACGAGUAUUACCUGCAUUUUCAAGCAAUUUAAUCUGAAAAAUAUGUUCGCUAGUUUACGUAAAUUUUAUCAGUAUUCAAGUAAGUUAAACAAAGAGACCCCAUUGACAAUAACGAAGGAAUAAACAUCAUCAGGAAUGAAGAAAAUAAGCUACAAAUGGUAUGAAAUAUUGUUGCGUGCGUACGGGUUCGUUAUGAAAUGAAUGCACAAGUCCGAUGAAAAAUGAAAAAAAUUAUAUUAUCACAACAAAAAGCUUA